AUGUUGUCAGUAGACAGGAGCAGAUGCUUGGUUGGAACUAUUCUGUCAAAGGUUUUGCCUGCAACAUUUUCAACCCUGACAUCAUUUUCCAAAAUGAUUUGGCGGAGUGAGCAGCCAUCCACUAGAAAAUCACAUAUCACAUCUCAGCCAUUUGCCAAAGGUCUUUUAUGUAGCGAUAUUCCUGUUGUUUGGCUCAGAAACUGUGGCAAGCAGGUCUAUUUAGGAGGAUUUGACACUGCUCACGCUGCUGCAAGGGCAUAUGAUCGUGCUGCAAUAAAGUUUCGAGGAGUUGUUGCUGAUAGCAACUUCAAUCUAAGUGCUAGGUUGUUUGCUGUUUGAAUGGGAGGGAACUUGCUUGUUGG